CUCUUUCUCUCAAUCUCACCUUACUCACCCCUAAGAACAGCCCUCCAACUCCCUAAAUCUCAAACCCAAAAGAAAGAAACCAAAAAAAAAAAUGUCAGACAGCAAACAAGCGCUCCUAAACGACGCCUCGAGCGACCCGUCCGACCCACCACCAGCCUACGACGACACAACGACGCCGCCCAACCCAACGGGCACGCAAAAACGCAACCCGUUACCGCGGCCACCGCCCCUCCACCUCCCAGUCCUCAACAACCUACGCACGCAGCGCGUAAUCCUCGCCUCCGCAUCCCCGCGGCGCCGCCAGAUCCUCUCGCAGCUGGGACUCCCCAACCUGGAGAUCAUCCCGUCGAACACACCGGAGGACUUCCCGAAGACGAUGGAGCCAUUCGAGUACGUGCUGGCGACGGCGACGGAGAAGGCACAGGCGGUGUACCGGCAGGAGAUACUGAACGAGGCGCGCGGCGAGCCGGCGCUGAUCCUGGCGGCGGACACAAUCAUCGUCGACACGGCGUCGGGCCGGAUCCUGGAGAAGCCGCGGUCGGAGGCCGACCACUUCGCGAUGCUGAAGGCGCUGCGCGACGCCGGCGACCAUAAGGUGUACACGGCCAUGUGCGCGAUGGCGCCGCUGGUGAGCGCGCGUGACCCCGGGUAUGCGCUGGAGACGGCGCUCGAGGAGACGAACGUCAAGUUCGAUCAGGGCGUUACGGAUGAGUUGCUCCUUGCGUACGUGCGUACGCGGGAAGGUGCGGAUAAGGCUGGUGGUUAUGGGUUGCAGGGGUUGGGGUCUAUUCUUGUUGAGCGGAUUGAGGGGAGUUGGGAUAAUGUUGUCGGGUUGCCGUUGCGCGCGGUCUUGCAGUUGAUGGAGAGGAUUAUGGCUAAGGCUGAUGAUGAUGAGCCGUUGUCGUCUGGUGGCGAGGAGGAUUUGUUGGAGGAUGAGGUUUAAGACCUUCAUUACAAGACGCUCAAAGAUUGGUUG